AGCGCUCAUUCGGCCAGCGGCUGCCGGAGAGGAAAGAGCUUCAUGGCGGCGGGAGAGGGCGGGGCCGAGGCAGAGGCGCUGCCCCCGCCCUCCCCGUCUUCGGGCCCCGAGCGCGCCUUGGAGGAAGCGGCCGCCUCGGGAAAGCUCAGCCUGGCCGGACGGCGCCUGAGGCACUUCCCCGGAGGAGCGGCCCGGCGCUGGGACCUCAGCGACACCACGCAGGCGGACCUGUCCCGGAACCGUUUUGCGGAGGUGCCGGAGGAUGCCUGCCACUUGAUGUCCCUGGAAGGGCUGAGCCUGUACCACAACUGCCUGCGCAGCAUCCCGGCCGCCAUCGCCAACCUCCAGGCCCUCACCUACCUGAACCUCAGCCGGAACCAGUUGUCCUCCCUGCCCUCCUGCGUCUGCCGCCUGCCCCUCAAGGUCCUCAUCGCCAGCAACAACAAGCUGGCCUCCCUCCCAGAAGACAUCGGGGCCCUCCGGAGCCUGCGCCAGCUGGAUGUUAGCAGCAAUGAGCUGCAGUCCCUCCCGUCCAGUGUCGGUGGCCUGGAGUCGCUCCGGGACCUCAACCUCCGGAAGAACCAGAUCAGCUGCCUGCCGGAAGAGCUGGCUGAGCUGCCCCUGGUGCGGCUGGACUUCUCCUGCAACCGCGUCACCCGCAUUCCCGUCUGCUUCCGCCACCUCCGGCACCUGCAGUCCAUCCUCCUGGAGAACAACCCCCUGCAGUGCCCACCUGCACAGAUUUGCCUGAAAGGCAAGAUCCACAUCUUCAAAUACCUCCACAUCGAGGCCUGCAGCAAGGGACGGCCAGACCUGGCGGAAUUCGCCCGCGGGAGCCGCCCCACCGCCUUUGGGACCUGCCUCCCGGACGACUUCUACCCUGUGCGGCAAUACGGCGGCCUGGACUCGGGCUUCAACAGCGUGGACAGCGGGAGCAAGCGCUGGUCAGGGAAUGAGUCCGCAGACGAGUUCUCGGACCUCUCCUUCCGCAUCGCGGAGCUGGCCCGGGACCCCAGGCAGCUGAAGGAGCGGCGCAAUGGGGCAGUUGACGGCGGAGACCUGGAUCAGGUGGACUACAUCGACAGCAGCCUCAACGGGGAGGAGGACGAGGAGGACUUGGUGGCCGAGGGCAAGUCGGACAACGGCUUUCACGGGACGCCUUCCAUUGAGGAGCAGCACAGAGCCGGGAGGAGCGCUUUCCUCAAAGGAGGCCCCGCUUCGGAGUCCGGUCUGACCAGCAGGGCCAGCCUGCCCCGGCCGGAGCCCUUUGGGGAGGAGCGUCGCCGGCCGGAGUCCCUGCAGCUGUGGCAGGAGCGCGAGCGGCAGCAGCCCCCUCCGCCGUGGCCCCUCUGGAGCCAAGGGCCCGAGAAGCGGGACAGCGGCAGCCUGGCAGAGAGCGGCAGCAGCUUCUCCCAGCUGAGGCAUCGGGGGGGCAAGGGGUCAGAGCAGCUGAGCGGCUCCUUCAGGCAGAGCCCCCCACACUAUGCAGAUCCCUGCCACGCGCAGAGCGGCAACUCUUUCACCCGCGAUGCUGGAUCCGUGCAGAAGCCUCCCAGCUUCCUCUUCCGCUCUGGCUCCCGGCACAGCACGCACCGAGGCGGAUCUGGCUGCUUUUCCCCGGAUUCCCCUUCCGAGCCCUGGAGGCCGCGGCCGCUGGACGAGAGGGAGCUGGUCCAUGAGCUGCGCAAGGCGAUCGAGUCCCACCUGAACAUCACUUUGGCCGAGGACCUGGGCGAGGCGCUGGCCAACGGGGUCGUCCUCUGCCAGCUGGUGAACCACUUGCACCCGCGGUUGGUGCCCUUCAUCCACGUUCCCUCCCCUGCCGUGCCAAAGCUGAACGUCGUUAAGAGUCGAAAAAACGUGGAGAACUUCCUGGCCGCCUGUCGCCAGUUGGGUGUCCCAGAGGUGUCUCUGUGCUCGGCCUCCGAGGUGCUCUUCCUCCCGAAAGGCCUGAGCCGCGGCCUGCUGCUCCUCCUGGAGGCCCUGCUGCUCGUGCGCGCCCCUCCUGCCAGGAAGCCCCCCGCCCUGCCCGCCCUCUCGAGACCCCCGGCCGGCUUUGGCGCCUUCUAUGUCCUUGUCAUGCUGCUGCUCUACCUGGCCUAUCGCAAGCUCUGGGGAUGAGGCAGGGGCGGGCUUAGUGUGGGGCGGAAGUGUGGGGAGAUUGCCCCGUGACCCUGGCUGACCUGGACCGAGAGAGGCUCCGGUGUGGUCAAGCCUUGUAUGGCGCCUGGUCAAGAACACGGCAGAGCUGUGGCCCAUGCGGUGCCUCCUCCGUGGGAAGCACAAGGGUUCCGCUUCCAGAGCCAGGGAACAACGGGGCUUUGUGGGUGCAGAAUCUAGGCGCCAGUAAGGAUUCCAGGGAGUUGUGGCCCCCCGUCGUC